AUUACUUGAUUUUUGGCCUCUAUAUAUGCUUUCAUUUUUCUAUUGGUCAGUCGUACAAGAAAUGGUGUUUUUGAAUUUAUGAAAAACAAGAUGCCAUUUUUUUGGAAAAUUGUUGCUUUUCUAGGAACCUGUUAAUUUUUCAGAAACUGGGCGAUUUUAUGGAAAAUCAGGCAAUAGCUUGAGAAAUUUUUAUAGAAAAUUCUUAAAGAUAUUUUCCUCUCUACAAAAUCGAUACUUUAGAAAAUCGAAUGCAUUUUCUAUACAACAUAAAACCCGGAUUGCUAAUGUACUGAAAAAUCCUGCACAGAUGAGGAAGGUUAUACCAUUGAUAUAAAGCAAUUAUAUUGAAAAAUAUAUUUAUACUUCAAGAGAUAGUAAAAAAUAAUAAUCUAAUGCUUUUGGAAUAGUUCUGUAGAACCUGAACGAUACUUGAACUUCGUGUAUUAACAGUAUUUCAGCGUCAGCGAACUCAAAUAUUUCACAUGUACAAAGAAACUAAUAUGUUAAGUAAUAAUACUUUGUAAGUAAGGUGCACGCAAAACAAAAUUUUAGCAAAAUUUUUUUUUCGAUAAAAGACACAUAUUCGGAUUUGCCAGAGCAUGCUGAUCACGAAUAUGACCUUGAAAGUUGAAAAAACCUUUUUUCGGGGAGAAAAAUGCAAAAUACUGAAAAGCUCCAAAAACUUCGAAAAUUCUUGGCCUUUCGAAAAACACUCAUAACUUUUUAUAGAAAGUAGCUACAGGCUCAAACCUUUUUUGUUCGAUUCCUCGUCGAAAACUGGGUAUAUCCAUACUAGUUUCAGACUCUUAGACCGUAAUUUGAAAUUUUGGCGCUGCUCGCGAUAGAAAACUCUGAAAAAUGAGACCCCUGCGCCAAAAACGUAUCUAGUUUUUUUUGGUGAGGAGCUAACUCAUUGAAUUUUAUGCCAUUCGAUAGCUCUAUACUCCAGCUAUAGCCGUAAGGAGGGGUUUUGGGAAAAAAAUUUUUUUCGUUGAGAAAAAGUAUUUUUACUAAAAAUCAAGAAAACCCCAAACAGUGCUUUUUUCAACUGUAUGCUAUUUUUAAUUUUUAAACUUCUUUUUUGAGUUUUUGGGAGGCCAGGGUUGAUGGGAGACUACAGUAUCGAGGCUUCUCGAUACUUCUCGUCUCGGUGCAUGCCUAUAGAACAUAACAUCAGGACUUAAACUAUUCUAACUAUUGUUAAUAGUAUUAGUUAUAAAUAAAAUAUAAGCACAUGGCAUAUUUUUUCAUUGACAUGUAAAACUGGAAAUCUUGUUUGAGUGCUAAAAAUAAAGAUUUCAAAAAUUUGCGUGCUUUUCAUAAUUAUCAGUACAUAACAGAACGUGUUAGGUUGUCGGUUCGUUCUUGUGUUAUGGAGCUUGAUCCUAAUAGAUGGUGUUCCAAUAAACACGAUGUUUUAAUUAGACUCAAUCGAUAGAAAAUUGAAUUUCCUAGAAAAACCUGCUGUCUGAAUCUCUGUUUGCAUUUUUCUCGUUUGAUCAUCAUUCAAAAUAUUGAAGGGUGCUGAGCUGUAGAACUGCGAUACACUGAAAACAGAAAAGUAUUUUUGAUCCAAAAAUAGAUUCCAUAAGAUUUCGAAAAUAUCAGAAGGCUCUCUGGAAAAUUUUGCAUCUUUCCACAUAUCUUCGAGGACUUAGCACCAUUCAGUAUUUUGAAUAAGAGGAAAAUGCUAUCGGAGAUUCAACUAGCAGGUUUGAUAGAGAAUUUAAUUCUGUAUUGGCUAAACUUAAAAAUGAACUCUUUGAACCACUGGACUCAUCCUCGAAAACAAGGAACAAAAGUGAUCCGUUUUUUCUGGACUACAUCAUUCACAUCGUUGGCUUAUUUUUUAGGAUUUGGAACGUAUAAUGGAACGAUAUGUUGAUCCACUUCGUGAAGAUGAGACAUUAUCUCCAUCAGAUUCAAUCGAAUCAUUAUAUAUUAGUGUAAAGUUUAUUAUAAAAUUACAAAAAACGUUUCUUGAAUCAUUAGAAAAUUCAAUAUCAACUGCAGUAUUAGCAUAA